CUCUCGGGGCAGUUGGUGGAGAAGGGCGGGGGGCUUUCCAAAUCCACUAUGAAUCCUUACAAGGUUGAAUAAGGGAACUUGAAACGAUGCAGACAGGCAGGCAACCUGUAGUAGAGGGAUGUAGGGCCAUAAACCUCGAAGCAAGGUCUUCAGCGUCAGACAGAAUGAGGUGUCCCAGAGCGGCGGAAGAGUCCUGGACCCACGCUGCUUCCGGUCUCGACGGAAUCGCCACCGAGCACGGCAGAGGCUAGGGCGGAAUGGCGACGGCAGCGCAGUUUGCCAGGGCUUGGUCUCCGCCCUUCAGCCUAUUUCCUCUAACCCGCAGACCCACUACCGGAGGAGGCGGGGAGCGGGCUGGAGAGCACCAACAGUGACAGGCGGGGCGAGUCGUGGGCGCGUGACGUCACCCCGGGGUGUGCGCGGCGCGAGCGGAAGCGGAAGCGGCUCUGUUCGCCGCCUCUCCCACCGGCCCGAUGAGCUGCAGCGGCUCCGGCGCGGACCCCGAGGCGGCGCCGGCCUCCGCCGCCUCGGCCCCGGCGCCCCCGGUCUCGGCUCCCGCCGCGCUGCCCGCCAGCACCGCUGCGGAGAACAAGGCCAGCCCCGCGGGGACAGCCGGGGGGCCUGGGGCUGGAGCAGCUGCUGGGGGCACGGGACCGUUGGCGGCGCGGGCCGGGGAGCCAGCUGAGCGGCGUGGGGCGGGUGAGGGCCGGACGGCUCCGGUGUCGGCGGGUGGCGCGGCGCCCCCAGAGGGGGCCAUGUCUAACGGGAUUUACGUACUGCCGAGCGCGGCCAACGGAGACGUGAAGCCGGUGGUGUCCAGCACGCCUUUGGUGGACUUCUUGAUGCAGCUGGAAGAUUACACGCCUACGAUCCCAGAUGCAGUGACUGGUUACUACCUGAACCGUGCUGGCUUUGAGGCCUCAGACCCACGCAUAAUUCGGCUCAUCUCCCUAGCUGCCCAGAAAUUCAUCUCAGAUAUUGCCAAUGAUGCCCUACAGCACUGCAAAAUGAAGGGCACAGCCUCCGGCAGCUCCCGGAGCAAGAGCAAGGACCGCAAGUAUACUUUAACCAUGGAGGACUUGACCCCUGCCCUCAGCGAGUAUGGCAUCAAUGUGAAGAAGCCGCACUACUUCACCUGAGCCACCCAACCUAAAUGUACUUGUCUGUCCCCAUGUCCCCAUACCAGCCUGUUUUCAUAAUAAACUUUAUUGUGACAGGC